CUUCCCUCCGCGAGCCGGUUCAUGUGUGUGUGGAUUUCUCUUCGAUUUCACUCUGCGAACUCCUGCUGUAGGAUGACAAUUGACCAAGAAAUUCAUUUAGCAAUGAUAUGACCUUCAGUCGUUGACAUCGUAAAAUUUUACAAACAUUAAUUUCUGUUGGAGUUAGACAUGGGGACGGUUGUUGAUGACAUCAGGCAACUGUUAAGAGACUGCGAGCUGUUUGUUUUUGAGAUCCUCCAGGAUGAGAAUCUCAGUAUUGCAGCUCGAGAGUCUAGGGAAAUUCUCCAACGAAAUUUUGUUGUCAUCCAGAAGAGAUACCCACAAGAAUUUCCCCACAGACUUGAGUCCAAUCAUGAAGAUAGUUCAGAUGACAACCGCAGCUCCAGCCUGGGACGCUCUGCCCCUUCAGAUGAUAUGUCAGUGGCCUCUGACUACCAGGAGGAAGGAGGCCCUGAGCUUUUUGAAGAGAUCCCUCUGGUGGCUGCACAAGACCUAAGUAACAUUCUGAAGCAAGGCUAUCUGGAAAAGAAAAGACGAGAUCACAGUUUCUUCAGCAUGGAAUGGCAAAAGCGAUGGUGUGUUCUGAACAACACCAUAUUUUAUUACUUCGGGAGUGAUAAAGACAAGCAGCAGAAGGGCUCGUUUUAUAUCAAUGGUUACAGUGCAGAGUUGGUUCCCAGUUUACGCAAAGACUCCAAGAAGAACUCCUGCUUUGAGAUGAGUGCUCCUGGAAGACGCUCUUACCAGUUCACCGCCAGCAGUCCUCGGGAAGCAAGAGAAUGGGUGGACCAGAUCAAUUUUGUUCUUAAGGAUUUGAGCUCAAACUUCAUCCCCUUUGAUGAUGAUGAGGAAGAAGAAGAGGUGGAGGAAGAGGAAGAGACAUAUGAUGAUAUUGAACGAGCAACCACACCACCACCUCCACAUCCCGGAGCAGCAUCUGCACAGCUUACAACCCCGAAAAAAACUCAAAACAGCCGUGAAGAGUGGAAACACCAAGCGCUGCCUCUGGAAGAUGAAGAAGAUGAUGAAGAAGAGGACAUUUAUGAAAUACUUCCAGAUGAUGAAACUUCUGACAAUGCUGAAGAGUGCAGUGAGAGAACUGGGACCUCAGAUUAUGCCAAUUAUUACCAAGGAUUGUGGGACUGUGAAGCUGAGGGACCGGACGAGUUGGCCUUCCAGAGAGGAGAUUUGAUCUACAUCCUCAGCAAGGAAUAUAACAUCUAUGGAUGGUGGGUCGGUGAGCUAGAUGGUGCCAUCGGCAUAGUUCCCAAGGAGUUUUUACACCCUGCUUAUAUUCUAUGAGGUUUGCUUUGUUGCGAAGAUCACAGAAGCAAAUGUGUUCAAAGUUUAAAUAAAUUGAAUUUUAGUUAAUUAAUAAAAAUGUUUAAACUAAAGAAAAAAGCUCUAAUAGUUAUCCAAUCUGAGAACUAAUAGUGUUUUUGUGAGUAAGCCUUUUGAUAUGUAAUUAUUAGUGUACACUAAAAGGCUUACGGUUGUCUAAGUCUAGUUUGCUGAUUUAUUCAAAUAGCACACACACACACUGAUAAAAAUGAUUUCUGCUAAAUUGUUGCAAACUAUUUAUAUGGGUUGAGUUUAAACAAAUUUAAUGUUCAACUUAACUUGUGUUUAAAUUCAGGUCAAAUCAGUUGUUUACAUCCACUUACCUUGAAAAUACAGUAAAUCCAAGGAAUCAUCUUUGAAUAAUUUUUUCAGUGCAUUUAUGCAAAUAGUGUACAUAUGAAAACCAUUUGUAGCAUGAGAAUGUCUUUUUAAUGGUUUCUUUCUCAUAUACUCUUAUGUGAAGGCAGUGCUUUAUUUCAGCAAUUACUAAACAUAAUAUUUUCAUGCAUAAUUUAGGUUGACAGAAUCUUGAAAUAGUCUUAAAUCUUACUGUUUUUUUCUUGACUCAUUUGUAUUUGAAACUGUAGUUCAGAUGCUGUACCAGCCAAUUCAUUACAUACACUACCUGACAAAAGUCUUGUCGAUGAUCCCAGAUGUAAGAGCAACAAAUAACUUGACUUCUAGUUAAUCAUUUGUAAAAGUGCAAUUUUUCCUAUGAAUCAUCUGUUGAAUGGCAUUCCAAUCAUCACGAAUACUGCAGACCUAUUGAAACCUGCAUGGACCCAAGAUUCUCACAUAAAUCAGUUAAGUUUGGUGUAGGAAAAAUCAUGGUUUGGGGUUAUAUUCAGCAUGGGGGUAUGUGAGCGAUCUGCAGAAUGGAUGAAAACAUCAGCAGCCUGAAGUAUCAAGACAUUUGUGCUGCCCAUUACAUUACAAACCACAGGAGAAGGCAAAUUCUUCAGCAGGAUAGCGCUCCUUCACAUACUUCAGCCUCCACAUCAAAGAUCCUAAAAGCAAAGAUGGUCAAGGUGCUCCAGGAUUGGCCAGUCCAGUCACCAGACAUGAACAUUAUUGAGCAUGUCUGGUUUAGAUGGAGGAGGCAUUAAAGAUGAAUCCAAAUAAUCUUGUUGAACUCUGGGAGUCCUGCAAGAACGCUUUCUUUACUAAUCCAGAUGACUUUAUUAAUAAGUUAUUUGAGUCAUUGCAGAGAUGUAUGGAUGCAGUCGUCCAAGUUCAUGGGAGUCAUACACAAUAUUAAUUCUUUUUCCACUGCACCAUGACUUUAUAUUCUAUACUGUACAUUAUUUUUGUUAAAUUACAAGACUUUUGUCUAAGCAAAGUCAGACCUUACUGUCCUAAUUAAAUAACUAAAAAUCAAGGCAUGGUCAUAUUUUAUUUUAGUAAAAUAAGUGUAAUCUAGAGGCUUUUGCCUUUCAUCUAAGCCACUUCUGAUUCCAAAUGAUCAACUAGAACUUGUUGUUGAUAAAACUUGGAUAGGCGACAAGACUUUUGUCAGGUAGUGUGUAACUACAAGGAAAAAUUACCUGUCAUACAAAUUGUGUUUUUUUUUGUUAGCAAUAAGCUAAUUAAAGCAACUUUACAUCUGAAGCUUAAUGUUUUUUGUUGUUGUUUGAACACAUGCAGCACACAACGAACUAAAAAAAAUAUUCACAAAAAACAGCACAACAGCAGUUAAUGACGUGCCUUGAAUGUAUUGUAAAAACAAUAGUUUAUUCAGCAAAAUGUAUCACUCUUAAAACUGGACAAAAAGAACAAUAAAAAGCUUCCAGGAUUUGAUGAAUCAGUUGUUUCAGAUGAAAAUAUAAUACUCCAUGUAAUAAUUGUCAGCUCACACUCCAAAUAAAAUCUUACACAUGAA